ACUAACCUCAAAAUUUUACAUCCGUGGAAAAAUGGAAACAGAUAAUCAGAAUGAAACACAAAUAAUUACCGAGGGUCUUGCUAAAAUUCGGACUGCUGGCAAUGUUUUUUACAACCCAGUUCAAGAAUUUAAUAGAGACUUGAGCAUUUCAGUUAUAACAACAUUCGCUAAACUUUACACUGAAGAGAAAAUUAAAAAGGCAGAUAAGCAACCUAAUGAUAUUAAUGUUAUUACAAGUUAUAAAAAUGACACUGCGACGGCGGGAGUUAAAUGUGAGGAUGGAAUUUCAAUUUUAGAAGCUCUAUCUGCAACAGGUUUAAGAAGCAUACGAUAUGCUAAAGAAAUACCCGGAAUCAAGGAAAUAAUAGCUAAUGAUAUUAGUCAUAAAGCUGUAGAAGACAUAAAAAGAAACAUUGCAGAGAAUAAUGUGGCAGACAUUGUAAGUCCGAGUCACAGUGAUGCUACUUUGUUAAUGUAUCAACAUCGUAAAGGUAAUCAGUUUGAUGUGAUAGACCUAGAUCCUUACGGUUGCCCUUCCGUCUUCCUCGAUUCUGCUGUACAAGCUGUCAAAGAAGGUGGUCUGUUACUUAUUACUGCAACCGAUAUGGCUGUGCUAGCAGGAAACUCUCCAGAGACCUGCUACAGUAAAUAUGGAGCGGUAUCGUUAAGGAUAAAGAGCUGCCAUGAGAUGGCGCUCAGGAUUUUAUUACAGUGUAUCGAGGCACACGCAAAUCGUUACGGGCGAUAUAUAAUACCUCUAAUCUCCUUAUCGGCAGAUUUUUAUGUGAGGGUUUUCGUUAGGGUGUUUUCUGGAGCUUACAAAUGCAAGUUCACAACUAGCAAAUUGUCUCAUGUAUAUCAUUGCACUGGCUGUGAUAGUUUUGCAUUGCAACCUUUGGGGAUUCUAAGGACAAAUGACAAGAAUAAUAAACAAGUCAAAUUUAGUUUACCGACGGGACCUUCGGUACCCCAGAAAUGUGAGCACUGUGGCCAUCCACAUCAUAUUGGUGGGCCUAUCUGGUCUGCUCCAUUACAUUCUCCAGAAUUUGUACAAGCAGUUUUGAGGGCUGCUCCAGAAAAUCUUAACACUUAUAAACGAAUUCAAGGUGUUCUUAGUGUUAUCGGCGAGGAACUCUUGGACGUUCCACUGUACUAUACUUUGGAGCGUCUCAGUGGUGUUAUCCACGUUGAAAUGCCUCCUAUAUUGGCUCUAAGAUCUGCAAUAUUAAAUGCGGGCUAUAAAGUGUCGUUUACGCAUAUGAACAAAACAUCUGUAAAAACCAACGCUCCUGCUAAGGUAAUUUGGGAUAUUAUGAGGUGUUGGGAAAAGAAACAUCCUAUUUCUAAAAAGAGACAUAUAGAGAACACGCCGGUAUUCAACAUUUUGGCGCAGCAACCCGAAAAGGACUAUUCUUUCGAGAUUCAUCCGAAUGCCAAUCCUGAAUCGAGGAAAAUGGGUUUUCUCAGGUUUCAAGAGAACCCGUCGCCGCAUUGGGGUCCUGGAUCUAGAGCAACGGCUAUGGUGGGUGAUCAAAAAAUUUUGAAGAGUAAAAAAAAUCAAGGGAAGAGAAAAAGGGAAUUGUCUCAGGAAAGUAUUGAAUCAAAAAAAGAAUAAAUAU